UACAGUUUUAAUGCCGGUUCCGAAGGGCGAAUUUUCGAGAGAUGUUUCUAUGGGCAAGGGUACUCUUGGGACUCUCGGGAGGUUGUCGGUCUUUUCCGAGAGGAAACACAAGCAAAAAUUUAGAGAUAUUUUUUCGAUGUGAAUAAAACAACCAAAAAAUCUUUGAUCGUAGAGGCAUCAAAUUGUAAUAUAAUUCUUAUCAAAAGUUUACAAAAAACGUAUUACAAUCUCUUGAGGAGGAACCGAUAUUUUUUACUUUGAAGCGGUAUUUAUACGCAAACAUGUUACAUAUAGCAUUGAGCUUAUCUAAAAUUUCUGCAAUAACCGGAAAGUCAAUAAAUGAUAAAGCACUGAUGAAAGAAUCAUACAAAAAAACUGAUUAUAAAUGGGAAAUCGUUUGGAAAAAUGUUAUUAUUUUUACCUAUAUUCAUCUUGCUACCAUUUACGGAAUAUACAUGGCUUGUUUGUAUGCUAAAUAUUGGUCAAUUCUAUGGUUUGUUGCUCUUGGUAUCGCUGCGAUUAUAGGCACUACCGCUGGCUCUCAUAGAUUAUGGUCCCAUCGAUCUUACAAGGCAAAAUGGCCCAUGAGACUUAUUCUCAUGAUUUUCCAGACCAUCGCUUUUCAAGAUGAUAUUUACCAAUGGGCCAGGGACCAUCGCGUGCAUCAUAAGUUCACCGAUACCGACGCGGAUCCAUACAAUGCGCGCAGAGGAUUUUUCUUCUCGCAUAUCGGUUGGCUUUUAAUUCGCAAGCAUCCUGAUAUCGUUAUUAAAGGCGCCACGAUCGAUUGCAGUGAUCUCAUGCAAGAUCCACUUGUAGUAUUUCAAAAAAAGUGGUACAAGUAUUUAAUGCCGCUCUGUGCUUUUAUUAUACCAACGUUAGUGCCUUGGUGGGCAUGGAAUGAGAGUUUAUGGUAUUCAUGGCAUUUUGCAAUCUGUAGAUAUUGCAUAAAUUUAAAUAUCACUUGGUCGGUGAAUUCCGUGGCUCACAUAUGGGGUACGAGACCAUACGACAAAUCUGUCAGCUCUACUGAAAAUAUUGGAGUUUCUUUGUUAGCGUUUGGUGAAGGCUGGCAUAACUAUCAUCAUGCCUUUCCUUGGGAUUAUAAAACGGCGGAACUUGGAAAUUAUAAAUUCAAUUUGACCAAAACUUUUAUUGACUUUUUCGCUUAUAUCGGUUUGGCUUACGACUUAAAGACCGUAUCUGCUGAUGUGGUAAAGAAACGUGUUCUUCGAUGUAGCGAGCCAACUGACAAUCCAACUAUUACGUAGAAUAAAAUAUUAAAUAAAUUAAUUUUUUAUUCAAAACUAAUUAUUUUUUAAACUUGUCUUGU